AUGCAGCAUCAGAAUAUCGAGCUAGGCCAGUUGUCACCCACCAGUCCCACCAAUGGCCCCACAACAUUUCCAGACGAAGAAGAUGGCACUGUCUCAUCGGCUCUUGACAGAGAGACCGAGGGGGGAGGAGAGGAAGAAUUGCGAGCCAAUCAGGAACAACGCGUGAUAUUUUUCAACAGGACACAGCCUCCUGUGCCCAAAUUCGUCCACAACAGGAUAUCCACGGCCAAAUAUAGUAUUAUAAGAUUCAUCCCGUUGUUCUUAUUUGAACAGUUCCGCAGAUGGGCCAACGUCUUCUUUUUGAUGAUCGCGCUGUUGCAGCAAAUUCCAGACGUUUCACCCACAGGAAGAUACACCACGCUAGUGCCUCUCAUUUUUAUACUUUCCGUAUCUGCCCUCAAAGAAAUCAUUGAGGACAUCAAACGUCAUAGAGCUGAUGAUGAAACCAAUCAUAGAAAAGUUGAAGUAUUAAGAGGAGAGAAUUGGAUAAACGUUAGGUGGAUGGACGUUAUAGUAGGUGAUAUCGUCAAAGUAUGGAACAACAAUUUUUUUCCUGCCGAUUUAGUACUCUUAUCGUCAAGUGAACCACAAGGAAUGGGAUUUAUCGAAACUGCCAACCUAGAUGGAGAAACUAACCUAAAAAUCCGCCAAGCUAUUCCCAGUACGGCCAUUUUAACUAAAACGCAAGAUCUGAAACAGCUCUUGGGUACAAUAGAGUGCGAACCACCAAAUAAGCAUUUGUACGAAUUCAAUGGCGUCAUCAAAUUGAACAAUAAAUCACCGGAACCUUUGGGACCGGAUCAAUUGUUGUUGCGUGGUGCCAUCUUGAGGAACACCUCGUGGAUUUUCGGGCUGUGCAUCUAUACCGGCCACGAAACGAAACUCAUGCGCAAUUCGACUUUAGCGCCCCUUAAACGUUCCACCGUGGACAAAAUGACCAACGUUCAGAUACUGCUGCUUUUCGGCGUUCUGUCUGUGAUGUGCAUUAUCUGUUCCAUAUUCAACUUGUUGUGGAACAACAAGCAUUCGUCUACCGAUUGGUAUAUUGGACUGGAAGACAGUUCCCAUAAUUUUUUAUACAACCUUCUGACGUUUCUAAUUCUGUUCAACAAUUUGAUUCCUAUAUCCCUUCAAGUAACUCUGGAGGUUGUAAGAUUCGUACAGGCGAUUUUCAUAAAUAUGGAUGCCGAGAUGUACCACGCAGAAUCAGACACUCCGGCAAUGGCGAGAACAUCGAAUCUCAACGAAGAACUCGGUCAAGUGAAAUAUGUAUUUUCUGAUAAAACUGGAACGUUGACAAGAAACGUGAUGGAGUUCAAGAAAUGCGCUAUAGGCCAAAACAUAUACGCCAUAAGUGAUGAUAUCGAUGAUUCAAUACUGGUCCAGAAUUUGAAACAAGGCCACAAACAUGCUGACCUGAUUCGAGACCUGCUCGUCUUGCUCAGUGUCUGUCACACUGUUAUUCCGGAAAAAAUGGCGGAUGGCUCGAUCGUCUAUCAUGCUGCCUCGCCAGACGAGAGGGCGCUAGUAUACGGUGCCUCCAGAUAUGGUUACGUUUUCGAAAGUCGCACCCCCGACUCGGUGGAGAUCAGUGCGUUGGGGGUGAAGGAGCGCUACGAGAUACUCACAGUGCUCGAGUUCACAUCUGCUCGAAAAAGGAUGUCUGUCAUCGUGAGAGACCCUAAAGGUAAGAUCAGGUUGUUUUGUAAGGGUGCCGAUACGGUCAUAUACGAACGACUCGACAACAACUCGGGCAGAGAGCAUAGCGUGAUUCUGCUGCAACAUCUGGAACAUUUCGCUAGCGAUGGAUUGAGGACCUUGUGUUGUGCAGUCACUGAACUUAAAGAGCAGGACUUCGAGGAAUGGAAACAGCUGUAUCACAAAGCCAGCAUAUCUUUACAGCACAGAGAAGAAAAAAUCGAGGAAGCUGCGAACUUGAUCGAGAGGAAAUUGAAACUUAUCGGGGCCACUGCCAUCGAGGACAAGCUGCAAGAUGGCGUACCUGACGCCAUAGCCGCUUUACUACAAGCCGACAUCAAUGUGUGGGUGCUAACAGGCGAUAAACAGGAGACAGCCAUCAAUAUCGGUUAUUCGUGCAAACUGUUGACAACCGGUAUGCAGCUGAUCAUACUCAACGAAGAUGGUUUGGAUAAAACUAGGGAAUCGAUAUUGAGGCACUGCGAAGAUCUCGGCACCAAUUUGGAGAAACAAAACGAAAUUGCUCUGAUAAUAGACGGCAAGACCCUCAAAUAUGCUCUUACUUUCGAACUGCGGCAAGAUUUCCUAAAAUUGUGUAUUUCCUGCAAGGUGGUCAUCUGUUGUCGCGUGUCGCCCAUGCAAAAAGCAGAAGUUGUCGAAUACGUGACGAAAUAUACGAAAGCCGUCACUUUAGCGAUAGGAGACGGGGCCAAUGACGUGGCCAUGAUCCAAAAAGCUCACGUUGGCGUCGGAAUAUCAGGCGCUGAAGGUUUGCAAGCUGCUUGUGCAUCCGAUUACAGCAUAGCACAGUUCAGAUUUUUGUUACGACUGUUGUUCGUCCACGGUGCUUGGAACUAUUCGAGAAUGUGCAAGCUCAUCCUAUACAGUUUCUACAAGAACAUCUGCUUGUACGUCAUCGAAUUGUGGUUCGCCAUCUAUUCGGGCUGGUCUGGACAGAUUCUUUUUGAGAGGUGGUCGAUAGGUCUAUACAACGUGUUGUUCACCGCUUUGCCCCCUUUGGCGAUGGGCCUGUUCGACAAGCCCUGUGCGGCCGACAAGAUGAUGUCGUAUCCGCAGCUGUACAAGCCCUCGCAAAGCGGCGAGCUGUUUAACAUCCGCGUCUUCUGGAUCUGGAUCCUCAAUGGCAUGCUGCACUCGGCGUUCCUGUUCUGGCUGCCCAUGCUCGCCGCUGAGCAUGAUAUUCUGUGGAUGGGCGGCGGCGAUGGGGGGUAUUUGGUCGUCGGGAAUUGCGUCUAUACGUAUGUCGUUGUUACUGUCUGCCUGAAAGCCGGUCUGGUGACGAAUUCGUGGACAUGUCUAACGCACUGUGCCAUAUGGGGCUCCAUCCUUUUGUGGUUCUUAUUCAUCAUAAUUUAUAGUUUAUUCUGGCCAACAAUACCGUUCGGCAGCAUAAUGUCGGGCAUGUACAUAAUGUUAUUCUCCACAGCCGUAUUUUGGCUAGGCCUCAUCGUGGUUCCAAUUAUAACCGCAUUACCUGACUUGACAGUCAAAGUGAUACACAGCACCAUAUUCAAGUCAUUAACAGAUGUGAUACGUGAAAGUGAGAUAAAAAAGAGUGAUCCUGAGAUAUACAGGGGAGAGCCGAAAAAUUCAAUUCUCACGAACUUUCGAUGGACGAGAUUGAACUGCGUCACACCAUCCCAUCACAUACAGAGGAAUCAGAAUUGUACAGUCAGUCGGUGGAAGAUAACGACACUAUCCGAGACUGCUCGCUUGCUGAGAAACGUCUUCACUCGAAGGACCGUGCAGAGCAGGAUCGAACAGGACGUAGAGCUGUCACAUGGAUUCGCUUUUUCACAAGAAGAAGGAGGCGUAGUGUCACAGUCAGACGUUAUAAGAGCCUACAACACCAACAUUCCCAAGCCUGACGGUAGAUAAAAAAAAGGAGAAGUAUAUAAUGUUAUGUGAUUGUAUUAGAAUUGUACGAUCUACUUUGGCUGCUAUGAUCCGAAUUCAACUGUCGGCAGUGUCAGUAGUGCCACUGACACUGGUGUUCCGAAAUAGGUCAGUAUUCAAAGGCUAUAUUCCCAAUUGAACUGACAGUAUUGAAUCUGCUGAUUUUUCAUUCCGAAAUCAAAAAAUUCACUGAAAGUGACAGAUGCUUGUGAGCAGACAUACUAUUCAUUUAACAUUUUUGGGCUCAACAUUCUGCUGAAAUUGCUGACUAUCAAAUGGUAGUGUGGCUUCAGUGAACUGUCAUUGUCAUUAUUUUAGAGGGGGAAUUGAUGUCACAUUUAUUCCCGUUGUUUUUUGAACAUCGAAUCUUGUCUUUUAAGAAUAAUGAAUUAAUAAUAUCAAUAUCAGAAAAUACCUGUUAUCAAAAUAUAAGACGCUGAGGAUAAUAUGAUGAUCAAGUAUGAAGUAGUAGAGGUAGCAAAAGAAGAAACAGCAUUGCCUGGAUAAAUAACGAAAUAAACCUGAAAUGGCUCCCAAAUUAAUCAUCUGAAUUAUGCUAUAUUACGUUUUCCAUUGAUCUUUCAUUUCUGAAUCUGGUGCAUCAUGCAAAAUUAAUGGCAACAAAAUGUCCAAAUAUUCUUCAACACUAUCGAGCUUGAAUCGUCAUCGUCAAUAAUCGUAGAAACUAUGGAGACUACAAGAAUCGAUCGCUCUACCAUGUUGAAUAUCAAAUUUCCCAAAUUCAGCUCAAGCAGGAUCAUUUGCCAGAUCAAUAGCGGCCAAAUAUCUAGUUCAGAUAAACGAGGAAGUACAGAAGUGACAACCGGACAACUGACAAAUUUUACCAUCUGAUCAACUGCUGCUGAUCCCCAUGAAAACGUGUUCCAAAUUACAGCACUGUAUUUUUGAUUUUAUAUUACGGAAAACAGAUUUUCAGCAGAGUCAGUCAAUCUACUGACAGAACUGAUCAGUUUAAUUCGGAAUAUAGUCUUAUGAAUACGUGUGCUAAAAUCCGGAACAAAUUUCACAGAAGUGAGCUGUCACUAUUCAGUUAUUCACAAUUUUUUUUUUUUUCAAUUAAAUUUGGAAUAAAACCAAUAAAAAUGAGAUAAUUCGUACGUGGACCAGCAACUAAUCGUUUUAGAAGGGUUUCCAUGAUGGAAAAUCGAUGACAAAUCGAGCAGAAUGUAUAUUUUUUUAAUCGUUCAGAGCGCACGAAUGAGAAUCUCUAUAAUGAUCGAAGAAUAAUUUUCCUGGAGAAACAUGAAUUAAUCACGAUGAUGUAGCUAACUAUAACAUUUGUAUGAUUUCAUGUCAUGAAAAUUUGUUCACUUCAUUAUUGACAGAUUCCUUCUCCUGUGGUCUGCUCUCGAGAACCUCCACUUUCAGUAUACUAUUAGUAAAUCCACUGACUGUGGAUUGUGAUCCGAAAUAUAAAAUCAAAAAUAUUGUGCUGUAAUUCGGAACACGUUUUCAUGGUUUCCAUCAGUCAUCAGCAAGAGUUGAUUUGAUCAGCUGGUAAAAUUUGAAUAUUAUUCUCACCGUCAAUUAUUUUAACAGGCAUUUAAUGAUAUUAAAUAUGAUAUACUUGAUUUAUUAUUGAUAACACAAGACUAAAGGUGGAUUGAUACAAGGAAAAUCAAGAACUUAAAUGAAUUUUGAACUCAAACCAAUUAUAUGAAACUAUGAAAUGUAAUGUAGGUGCUCAUGCAAGAAACUGAAAAAUUGAAACUAAAAUUAAAACUAAACUGAUUUCUUUCAUAAUUUACGGUAGCUCAUGUGUCAAAUAAUAACUAGCCACGCUGGAAAAAGAUUAAACAGCUGAUGAAAGGUUAUUGCCUGAGCACCCAUAACUUUUUAGUUUAAAAUUCAUUUAAAUCUUAAAUUUAUUAUAAUUUAGUUGAUCUUGCUUGAAUCCACCUCAAAUGUUUGAAAAACAACGGAAAUGAAUGUUACAUUCCUCCCCCCUCUGAAAUAAUGACAGUUUACUGAAGCCACACUACCUUUUGAUAGUCAGCGAUUUCAGCAGAAUGGUGAGUCGAAAUAUUUAGAAUGUAUAGUAUGUCUGCUCAAAAGUAUCUGUCACUUUCAGUGAAUUUUUUUUAUUUCGGAGUCAAAAAUUAGCAGAUUCAGUACUGUCAGUUCAAAGCGAAGUAUAGCCUUAGUGAAAUUUUUUUCAUUUCGAAACAAAUAAUCAGUAGAUUCAGUACUGACAGUUGAAUUCGGAACAUAGCUUUUAUCGGCAUUGAAAAAUUUUGUUGUCAACUGAAUAUUACAAGAUUUUGUUUAAACGAACAAUCGAAUCUACCUAUACCUGAUAUACUUAUCGUUCCCCACGACUAGUCAAAAAUUAUUCUGUAUAUCAUACCCUACUACUUUUUUUCGACACAAUUCGUUCUACAGAUUAUUUUUUUAACAAUCAUCAUUCACUUUAAUCGAACAUUUUGAUCAAUCUUCUCGGUUCGAUAGUUAUUUUGUUUAUAAAUACUAAUAUUACUAAUUUAGGAAGAUGUAAAAUAUUGCUAUUGUCUAUUUUGUUGAUAAUUCAAUUUUGUUAAAUCUUUAUAUUUUCAGAAACAUUUUGUUAAUUUUUUGUGAUUUAUACCGAAUGCAGUUCAGCAAAUAUCUAUAUAUUGUUUCUAAAACCAAAUAAAACCAUUAAAAACUAACUGUUUGAGGUUUUGAUAAAAUUUGUAUCUUAUAUUUUCGUUGGUUAUUCAUUGAUGAUAUCACGUCAACAAUACGAUAUACCUACAUAAUAUUCACUGUGGCAAAUAAAUAUUCAUUAUAUCUAAGUAAACUCACUCGUACUUGAAUCAAUGUGCCUUUUUUCGAUGAUGUAGAAAUGGUAGAAAUAUUUAUCUUCACAUUCUUUAAAGCCAAAUAACAAACCUCCUGUUGCAAUCACUUUCGAGUUUUUUUUUCAAUGAAUAAAGUAGGUAGGUAUAUAGCUAUACAUAGAUUGAGACUCGUUUAUGAGCUCUUACUAAAUUAUGAUUAUUUGUCAAAAGAUGAUACUGCAUCAAUGUAUAUGAAAUAGGUUAUUGCACCAGGAUCAGUUUCCUAUUAUUCAAAUCUACCUAUAUUCAUCAUAAUGGUACCUAGUCAAUGUAGCUUCCAUAUUUAGUAAUCAUUAUGAAACUUCCCUAUACAAUAUACAGGGUGUAUCUGAAUAACACCGAAACAAUUCAAGGGGUGAUUCCUUGCGAUAUGUCAAUAAAUAAAGUUCAUAUAAACAUGUAUUCUAACUUGCUUCGUUUUCAACAUACAGGGUAUUAAAAUUUCCAUGAAAAAUCUUUUUUCUAUUCAUUUCUCAAUUGUCUCUUCAUCAAUUCCAAUAAAACGUUGUGAUUUUGUUGAUAGUAAUAUGGAGCUUCUUCUAGUGCAAUUAUAGAUUAGAUUACCCAAUAACCCCAACUAGAAUCAUUUUGAAAUUUUUGGGCUUUUUCAGUCUCCAUCCAUACUGAAUUUUGGCACCAUAAAAGCUUAUACAGGGCGGUCAUAAAUAAAAACAAUUAAUACUUCCAACCACAACAUCCUGUAUCUCAAAAACGGAGCAAGUUAGGAAACAUGUUCAUAUGAACUUUAUUUGCUCGAAUAUCACAAGGAAACACCUCUUGAAUUUUUUCGGGGUUAUUCAGAUACACCCUGUAUUCGUUUUAAGAGAAUUUGAUCACUAAAUAUUUUUCUAUUCAAAAUAAUAGUUUGAUUGAAAUAUAUUUCGACUUGAAGUCGAUAUUUGAUUUGCUAUAAAAACCAUCUUCAUAUUAUCUUUUCGAAAAAUGUGAUCAAACUAUAGUACUUAUUACUUGAAUAUCGAUGGUGCUUUUUAUGUGCAUGGAUUGAGGAUUAUACUUAUACUAAACAUAAAUAUUUUGUCCUGAAAUUGAAAGAGUUUGAUGCACUAUAAAAUCAAUCAAUGACAUUAUGUUGUAUA